CUUCACAUGAUAGAAAUCCCAAACAAGCUUGGCAAAAUGUUUGAACGUGAGUGCUCCACAGCACACAAGUAUCUAUAGGGUUUGCUAUCUCUUGCGCACACUCAAAAGCGAUGAUUGUAGCGUCGGAUCAGGAAAACCGGGUGUGUGCGUCAAUACUGCCUUCAUGUAGUCCUAUUGACCAAUUGUUGUGAAUUCGAACAACCCGAGACAGACUAUAGAAUACUUUGUGCGACUUCUCGCACUACCUUUAGCUCAGGCUGCUCAGCCCGUAGAUAUCGAAAGCUUAAGCGCCAAGUGAGGCAAAAAGCCAAAGCCAAAGGGCGCCAGCGGCCAGCGCCAAAAAAACACAGGAUUGAACAAGGUUUCAACGUUGAUUCUAACGUACAGAUAAGAUGACCUAAAAUUGAUCAGUGCUAAUCUUUCGAGCGAUGGAGCAUGGAUGCACCAGUAUAAAGAGCGGGCGAGAGUAGCAUUUGUCUACAGUUCAGUCUCAAUCCAAGAUGUCAAUCCUCACUAUCCCGAAGCUUGCAGAUGAGCUCUUCUUGCGACCCAUCGUAAUAUCGAUGAACAGCUUGGCCCUGUCAACCCUCAUGACCUAUGUCAUGUCCGCCAACGCAAGUAUCGACUGGAGACCGAUAACCAUCUGUGUCACGUCGGAUAUCCUUGCCAUGGGCGCUGACCACCUCAAAGAUAAAGAAGAAGAAUUUUCGUCAGAUCGCAAUACCACCAAAAACCCACGCCUCGCCUCUUGGUUUAUGUAUGCACGAACAUUCCUCGCCGUCAGCGCUGUGCUUCUUGCAUUUGCACUAUCUCAGUGUCCCAUUUCGACGCUCCUCACCACGGCAACUUUCGUCGCUCCUGCCUUGCUCUGGACCACUCCGAUCAGUUUCAAGAAGUUUUGGCUGAUCUCGAGGCGCUUAUCCGGGAGGUUUUCCGGAGACAAGCGCCAGCCUUCCACCUCUGCGCCUGUCCUGGUCAUCAAACGCAUCCCUGGCAUGAAAGCCAUUUUUAAUGGGAUAAUUCGAGGAUGUGGCAUCUACACUGUAGUCUUCUCCGUUUUGUCAGGGUCAGGCAAUAUGACCAACACGUUGCCGUCUUUAUGGAACGUCGUUCAACUGAUAGUCUGGUCGACCGUCAACCGCUCAUGCCACGCUAUCAUGACCGAUGUCCGCGAUUUCGAAGAUGAUAUGAAGGCCGGGGUCCCCACUAUACCCGUCCUUCUCGGUUCGAUACUCAAAACGAAGGUCAUAUUGACGGCUUGUCAUAUGGUGGUCAUGUUGACCUUCAUUGAGAACCCAUAUAUUAUGGGAAGCUGUCUAUUUGCUUCAGCUCUGGUGUGGAUGCUUAGCAAACGCUCGCCGAAAAAGGCGUUCUUGUUUAGCUCUCAUUCACAGUCUUUGUUUAUUAUGUGGUACCUUUUGACGACCCAUAUCUAGCUCCUGUCGGCAGUAUCUUCUGCGACAAAAUAUUCACAAGUAUCUUAGUAAUAUUUAUAGAUUGGUAACUGGUUGUCGAAGGACACAUUCAUACUUACGUAGAUACUUGCCUUAGACCGCUCAGUGGCAUAAGCUCAAUUUCCUAGCUAUAAACCAAGUUCUUCAUAAUGUUAAAACGCAAUACGAUUCUUUAUCAGCAUCGUCACGCAUAAUUACC